AUGGCUAAAUCCAGCGCAGCACAGCUAGUCGAUGGUCGUCAACAGCGUCCGUCGUUUUCGCAGGACCAUCAUACACUAAGCUACGUCCAAUACCACGACGACGAACAAGAGUUGCACUGGGCUGAACCUGUCGAACAACAUCCAUCCCGUCACUAUAACCCUCACCCUCACGGUCGGCGCGAACCUCGGCCUCGGCCUCAACAUGUCGCAACCAUCAAACGACGACCUGUCAAUCCAAUAAUCUCUACCAAACCACCCCCUCCGGACAUCGACGAAAAUCCCUUGCUGUCCCCUAUCAUACCCUCCCCGCUGCGAAUCCGCAGGCCCAAGGACCCCCGAGCGCUCCAAAUGUCUCCGACUCCCGCGCGCUCGGUGCGCCUGCUUGUGGCAUCCAUUGGCAAUCCGCCACCAUACCACACGACUCGCCAUUCGGCGGGACACAUCCUGCUCAAAUCGCUCGCCACACGUUUGAACCUACCUCCGCCCUCGGUAUCCAAAGCUCUAGGCAGCGGAAGUUCCAGUUUCGGGGCAGAUGUUGGGAGACCAGAAUAUACACUUUGGCAGAGCUCAAGCAUGAUGAACGUGUCGGGCACAGGAACACUCAAGGCCUGGAAGCUUUUCAACGACUUACAGCGGUCAUCAUCGUCGGACAUUGUGACGGCGUUGGUUGUGCUCCAUGACGAGCUCGAGUCCUCCACAGGCACGAUCAAACUCCGCCGCGGCGAGUCAAGCCCCAGAGGCCACAACGGCAUCAAAUCGAUCCAGCAAUCACUAAGGUCAGGCGGCCAGCUCGGUUCUUUAGGUGACUGUCUCAUCAAGAUCGGGAUCGGGAUUUCACGCCCGUCUUCCAGGGACAGCCACGAUGUAAGUGCCUGGGUUUUGGGCCAACUGACUCAUGUGGAACGCUCCAAGAUUGAAGCCGCGACCGAGAGUCUGGUUGCUGUGCUUGAGAGUGAGAUUGGGAGAUUGGAAAGAUGUUGA